CGCCGCACGUACCACGUUUAUCUCGCUCGCCUCUCGUGCCCGUGCCGUGCGAGCGGCAAGUGUAAGUGACCCCAGCAUUGUCCACCAGCUCCCACCAUUGAAACCACUCGUCGCUGCUGCAGCCUCGGAGAGCUCCAUCUCGCUUGCUGCCUCCGACGGCGACGCCGGCUUCCUCCAUCACGUCGCCGGUAAUAUCACCGAGCUUCCUCUCCUCGUUCCGCACCCCCCCCCCCCCCGGUUUGCGAUGCGUAUUUGUUGGGUUUUUGCUUUCAUCUUUUCAUGCUUCGUGCGACGCUAUAUCCAUGCGACUCGAGGAUUGAUCCGACAACCGCUUUCUUCUGUGCCCUGAAAUCUUUGUUGGUCGAGAGGGCCCCUGCGUGGCAAUAGGAGCAUGGGUGUGGCGCCGGGAGGCAAGGCGGCGAACAAGGUUACUCUGGAUGCUGCGGCGUGGGUGUUCAACAUCGUAACUUCUGUCGGUAUCAUCAUGGCCAACAAGGCCCUGAUGGCUACUCAUGGUUUCGGAUUUGCUACGACAUUGCCUGGGCUUCACUAUGCAACUACAGCUUUGACGACAUUAAUACUAAAGUCUUUGGGAUAUCUUGAGCCAUCAUAUUUACCUCUUCCAGAGCUUAUGAAGUAUGUCUCUUUUGCAAAUAUAUCAGUUGUUGGGAUGAAUGCUAGCUUGAUGUGGAACUCUGUUGGAUUCUAUCAGAUAUCCAAGUUAUCUACGGUUCCAUUUUUAUGCAUGCUGGAAGUCCUAUUUGAUAAUGCCCGUUACUCAAGGGACACAAAGCUUAGCAUAAUGGUUGUCCUUGUAGGGGUUGCAGUAUGUACUGUCACUGAUGUUAGUGUAAAUACCCAAGGGUUGAUAGCUGCUGUUGUAGCUGUUUGCAGCACUGCAUUUCAGCAACAUUACAUCCAUUACCUUCAAAAGAAGUACUCGCUUAGCGCAUUCGACCUCUUGGGUCAUACUGCUCCAGCCCAAGCAGUAUCAUUGUUAAUAUUUGGGCCUUUUGUGGACUUUCGGCUGACCAAUAAUAGACUUGAGACUUACGAAUGUAACAACGUGGUGAUGUUCUUCAUAGCACUGUCGUGCGUGAUUGCAGUCGGAACCAAUCUAAGCCAGUUCAUAUGCAUAGGAAGGUUCACAGCCGUCUCAUUUCAAGUUCUAGGCCACAUGAAGACGAUCCUUGUGCUCACCCUGGGGUUCAUCCUCUUUGGAAAAGAAGGCCUGAAUGUUCAUGUUGCGUUUGGGAUGCUCCUAGCUAUUGUGGGUAUGAUAUGGUACAAAUAUGCGUCUUCGAGACCUGGAGGCAAAGAAAGCCACGGUCACCGGGAGCCCGUCAAGGAAGAUGUCGAACGAGGCGUUGGGUCAUCACAGUAGAAACCUGACGAGAUAAUUUGAGAUGAAAACCUCUGAGAUAAUUUGAGAUGAAAGCCUCUGAGAUACUGUACUUUUUUUCCAGAAUAGGAGGCUCAAAAGGAGCCUCCCGGUGUCAGCGCUGGGGAUCAAACCCAGAUCGCCGGCUUGGGACGGAGCCAAUGAACCACUACGGCUCAGCUCCCUCAGCCUGAGAUACUGUACUUGACGUAACUUUGUCCUUCCAGCGCUUACUGUAAUCGUCCCAGUUUCAUUCAGCAAGAAAACUGUUAUUGCAACUACUACUGCCGGCAAUAGAAGAUCACUGGAAAAACCGCAGUACACUUGAGGCAGAUUUGUUCGCGUGAUGUCUAUUACACAGUCAAUCUGUAAAUGUUGGGGGUGGUAGGGUAGGACCGUAGGGGCUUGUUUGGCUACCAGGGGACGAUUUCCACAUGAGAACAGCACCCCGUGUCGGGUUGUCGAUCAAAUCCAUGCCAUCCCCCCUGGAUUACAAUCACCUCCAAAUUGACAAUCUCUUGCUCUAUUUGGGACUGAGGUGUGGGGGGAAACCACUCGAUAAAAAAAAGAAAGAAAUCAUAACAAAAAUUGAAGUUCAGAUCAGAUUCGGCGCAAAUAGAAUCAAUUCUUCAGUUUCAACAUGGAAAGGCAAGGAUGAAGAUUCAGCCAUGCAAAUUUCCUCUAGAAUUUGUCAAUUCAAACACGGCAAAUUCUCAAUCUGGACUAGGCAAACCAUACCAAAACAGAGAGGGAGAGGGGCAAAGCCGGAUUGUGUUGAGAGUGCGAGGACGAGGAGACCAGUGAUGACAACUGCCAAUGGCGGAAGCAAGUAACGUUGACGGUGGCGCUACUGCUGCUUGUGCAUGUGCCAUGUCACAAUGUCACAGCUGCAGGAGGCUUCAACAAUGGCGAACAG